CAGAGAGACCGCGCACAAAAUCGCAGCCGCGAAACCGCGCGGAGUGGUCGUGGUUUUAUGGCCUUCUGGGUGACCACUAAAGCGGCCGGCUUUUCGCCUGUUUCUGUGUGAGCUUGGGAAGCUUCGCGAAAAGUGCAGCCUCGAAAAAUGAAAACGCCAACAAGAAAAUGCGCGCCCGAGGACAACUUUGUCAGAAGUCGGGCGCGCUUCAUGAUAUUAAGCCAGCCCGCGUGCUGCGGCUGCGGGCCAGAUUUGUCCCCGUUUUCUGGGCCUACCCCGGGGCGCCCGGACCGGCCCCAUACGAACGGGGCUGGUUCCCGAAGAGGAAUUUUGGAAAUUUCCCAAAAUCCCCAACGUUUGUGAAGUAGCCGCCAUUCCGUGCGGGCCCGCAAAAAGCAGGCGCGUGGGCGGCCCGCGGCCAGGGCGAAGGCAAAAGGAAGCCAGCGACCUCACUACCUCCGCCAGCACGGUGGCUAUAUUUGGCACGCGAUGCCCAUGCCGCCACUACUUAGGCAGCCAGUGGGCAGGGGAGUCCGAAGACUGCAAAAUUAGGCUGAGGAAGCGCAAAGACUACUUCCAUAUGUGUCAAAACGAAAAAACAAGGGAGCAAGCUUUCAUAGAAGUCAAAUGUCAAACGGGCCCCGAUCCGGUGGACUCAAAUCAAGCUCCCGAUCUGCAUUAAUGAUGAAAAAAAGAGAAAUGAAGAAAAGAGUAAAGAUAUGUAACUACAUAGAAGAGAGCAGCUAAUUAUUCAAUGAUAUUAGAGAGAUGCGGCAAUGGACAUGGAGCAUCCAUGGACACGCUCAGAUAUUAGCAUUGAUAUACUUGCUUGAAGGGCCUCUACAACAGCAGAAUAGGCAAAUUCUGUUGGAAAGUAGGAAAAAAAAAGUCAACAUCAAGUAUUCCGACAUGCAGGAAGGUUUCGCAGUAAGAGCAGGCAACCGUUACCUGAAGUUUGUUUGUUUGAUGUUACUAUUGGAUUCGCGGCAUCCGAUUGAAGGUUUUACCUUUUUCGCGCGACUCAAAGUUAAAAAGGACGGACACAAAGUAAAAAAUCAAAGUUGAUUUCACUGUCAUACGAGUAGAUCAGCAUAGUUUGCUGUGUCGCAAUCAUUCGUUCAUAAAACGGUAGCAUCGUGACGACACGCUGAACCUGAAGCCCAUGUAAGCGUCCCACCGAGGAAAUGCCACGUUGUAGUGGAGGUUACACCGGCAGGCACUGCAGGUGGCGUGUUCCCAAAGAAAUUGAA